GGGACAUCUCCUUCAUCAUGACGGAGAUACCGAAGUUACCAGGUUUCAUCUCGUCAAGAGAUAGGCAGCAUUGGCUCUAAUGUGACUAGAUGUCUAUAAAAACGCCUAGGUUGACCUUAACAAGGACGAGAUGGUUACCGGAGACAAUAAUCCGUGAUUGGAUGAAAUCCUGUGAGACCAACGAGAACUCGUACAAAUCUGUUUUGGAUCUUUACUUCUACUUCUUCAUGGCCCUUUCAACCUUGGACUACAGUCAUUUCACUCUGGGGACCGACGAGAAGCGGGAGACGCUUGCCCAUGGUCUUCUCGGCAGCUUUGAAAGAACUGGUUUCGCAAAGAUCAAAGGCCAUCCUUUUACUGCACAGGAGCUGGAAGAGCUGUUCACUUGGAGCCACAAGUUCUUUGACCAGCCGGUGGAUGUGAAGAACGAGAUUCCAAAUGAACCCGGACCCAGGCCUAUGCGGGGAUACACGCCAUGGAGAGUCGAGGAAGUCGGAAAGCUUCAUUAUGAUCCUAAGAUAAGGGACAUCAUUGACUCCAAGGAGCAUUUUGAUCAAGGCCCUGAAUCUGACACGGAGUUUCCCAACAAGUGGCCCACAGCACCUGAGCUGUCAGGCUUUCAACCUUUCAUGGAGGUCUUCUACCGCAAGUGCGAUGACAUUUGUCUAACAUUGAUGGAGGCCCUGGAGGUCGCUUGGGGGAUCAAGGAUGGAUCGUUAGUCGCGCGCUGCGUGCCCAGCUCCACCGAUCUCCGAUUGACUCAUUACCCUGCCAUUCCCGUUGACGAGAUGCAUUCGGAACGGACCAGUCGCAUUGCACCCCAUACCGAUUUCGGUCCUAUCACGCUGCUCUUCCAAGACAGUACUGGAGGCCUCGAAAUCGAAGAUCGAGCUAAUCCUGUCCCUAAUUCAUUUGUUCCGCUACCCCCGACCGAUACAUCUGAGAUGAUUGUCAAUGUUGGCGAUACACUCACACGUUGGACCAACGGAAGGAUUACCGUUGGUGUGCAUAGAGUGACCACUCCCGAAGCUAUGGAAGACGAAAGUGGUCGCGACGUCUCUGUUGGACCAUUGCCAAAGUUUGUGUCAUCCACAGCGCCCGCGCUAUAUCCGGACAUGACGGCCCUCGAGUUCCAGAAAUGGCGAAACAGCAUCGUGUACAGCCUUCAUGAGCAGGAAUAUCCUAACGUUGUGGAACAACUUGCCUACGUACCUGAGGCCACUGCGACGCAGGCGUAA